AUGUUCGUCUUCGGCUAUGGUUCUCUUCUUUGGAAUCCAAAUUUUUCCUAUGAAUUGGCAAUCCCUGGUGUUGUAAUGGGAUAUUCCCGUCGUUUUUGGCAACUGAGUCCCGAUCAUCGUGGCACUCCUGAUAGUCCUGGUCGAGUUGUAAGCCUGGUUCCAGAUACUGAAGGUUCUUGCUGGGGAAUUGCUUAUAAAAUUCCUGAAGAGCGUGUGCAACAAACUAUUGAAUAUUUGGACAUGAGAGAGCGAGCUGGUUAUGAGUUGCAAAUAGUUGAAUUCUACCCAAUUAAUGGUUCUGAGCCUUUCUCGCUGAAUGUCUAUAUUUCUCCAAUCAGUCGAGAUAAUAUUUACAAUUCUGGUCCUUGUGACAUCAGUGUAAUAGUCAAACAGAUAAUUCGAAGUCGUGGUUGCAGCGGCAGUAAUUUGGAAUAUGCCCUCAGACUUGCUGAUUGCCAAAGACGUAUGGCACCAAAUAUAUUUGAUGAACACUUAUUCCAAAUUGAAUCGAAAUUGUUAGAGGAAUGUGAAUACUUACAACAUGAUGACUCUAUUUUGGAAAAAUUGCAAUAUGAUUUGCCUUAUUUGGCUAAUAAAAAGGGAAAAAGGAAGAGAAAUGAAAGCACUAAAGGUUAA